GUACAAGAGAAAAUGGCGAGUUUUGAGUUUUUGCAAGUGUCCCAACAUUCCACGAACACACCACUUUUUACUGCCUUUGAUUUAUGACUUGUCCUGUACACCUCUUCACCACUUCACUUGUCUUGUCUGUGCCUCUUCCAUUUCCUUCUUCAACUCUCUCUUUUUUUACACGGAAACAUAGAGCGUUACAUUACAUAGCUUCUCUUUCAAAAACCAAAAGUCCAGAACUUGUCGAAUCCUAAGCCUUUUUUGAACUGAAAAUGGUGCUUUCAGUACUACUACUUUUGUUUUCUCUUGUGUUUUUGCUCUCAAACCCAACAUGGGUGUGUGGGAAUGGAGAGUUAAGAGCACUGAUGGAUAUGAAGGCCAGUUUGGACCCAGAGAGUCUUUAUCUACCCUCUUGGAGUAUCAAUGGUGAUCCAUGUGACGGAUCUUUCGAAGGAAUAGCAUGCAAUGAGAAGGGUCAGGUGGCAAAUGUUUCUCUGCAGGGAAAGGGUCUCUUAGGGAAGCUUUCACCAGCCAUUGCUGGCCUCAAGCACUUAACUGGACUCUACUUGCAUUAUAACUCUUUGUAUGGAGAGAUACCAAGAGAGAUUGGAAACUUGACUGAGCUUGUUGAUUUGUAUUUGAAUGUGAAUAAUCUGUCCGGGGAAAUCCCUCGUGAGAUCGCCAGCAUGGAGAACUUGCAAGUUUUGCAGCUUUGUUAUAAUCAGUUGACAGGAAGCAUUCCUACACAGCUUGGUGCUUUGGAAAAGCUGAGAGUUGUUGCUUUGCAGUCAAACAAUUUAACCGGUGCCAUCCCUGCUAGUCUAGGUGAUUUGGGUAUGCUGGUGAGGCUAGAUUUGAGUUCUAAUAAUCUCUUUGGUUCCAUUCCCACUAGCCUAGCUGAUGCUCUUUCACUGAAGGUUUUGGAUGUUCACAACAAUACCCUUUCUGGGAAUGUACCUCCUGCUCUUAAGAGACUAGAUGAUGGAUUUCUGUAUGAAUACAAUUUGGGGUUAUGUGGAGUUGGGUUUUCAUCACUGAAAGCUUGCAAUGCUUCGGAUCGUGUCAAUCCUAGCAGACCUGAACCUUAUGGAGCAGCCACAAGAGAUAUCCCAGAAACUGCUAAUGUGAAGUUACCUUGCAGGGGAACUCAAUGCCUUAAUUCAUCAAAAUCCAGUCAAUCCACAUCAGUUACUGCUGGCAUAUUUGUGGUUAUAAUUGCACUGUGUGCAAUUGGUGUUUGGACAUUCGCAAUAUAUCGUCGAAGGAAACAAAAGCUUGGAGAUUCUUUUCAUAUCAGUGACAGUCAUCUAAACACUGAUGAAGCCAUUGGAGCAUAUAGGAAAAAUGGAUCUCCUUUGGUCAGCCUUGAGUACUCUACUGGAUGGGACCCUUUGGCUGAUAGUAGGAAUUUCAAUGGGUAUAACCAAGAUAUAUUCCAGAGUUUGAGGUUCAACUUGGAGGAAGUGGAGUCAGCUACUCAGUAUUUCUCUGAGUUGAAUCUUUUGGGUAAGAGUAGCUUUAGUGCAACAUAUAGAGGAGUUUUAAGAGAUGGAUCCGUUGUUGCUGUGAAGAGCAUCAGCAAAACAAGUUGCAAGUCAGAUGAAGCUGAGUUUAUGAAGGGAUUGCACAUGUUGACCUCACUGAGGAAUGAUAAUGUAGUGAGGUUGAGAGGAUUUUGUUGUUCAAGAGGACGAGGUGAAUGCUUUCUGAUUUAUGAUUUUGUUCCUAAUGGAAACCUUUCACGCUUCCUGGAUGUUAAGGUAGGAGGUGGAGAAGUCCUUGAAUGGUCAACUAGAGUUUCUAUUGUGAAAGGGAUUGCUAAAGGUAUGGCAUAUUUACAUGCAUACAAAGCAAACAAGCCCGUUUUGGUUCACCAAAACAUCUCAGCUGACAAAGUACUCAUUGAUCAGCGGUACAAUCCAUUACUAGCAGAUUCUGGCAUGUACAAGCUUCUUACUAAUGAUAUUGUCUUCUCCGCGCUCAAGGGUAGUGCAGCAAAGGGUUACUUGGCGCCUGAAUAUGCCACCACUGGCCGGUUUGCCGAGACAAGCGAUGUUUAUGCUUUUGGGGUGCUGCUUUUCCAAAUCCUUUCAGGGAAGCACGAGAUCACAAGCUCAAUAAGGCUUGCUGCAGAGUCUUCCAAGUACCAAGAAUUUAUGGACCCAAAUCUCCAUGGAAGAUACUUUGAAUAUGAAGCAGCUAAACUGGCAAAGAUAGCUUUGCUUUGCUCCCAUGAAUCUCCUUUUGAGAGGCCAUCCAUGGAUGCCAUUGUUCAAGAACUGGGGAAUUGUAGUAGCUGUCUCUGAUUUCCGUGAUUAGUCUUAAGUUAGUUCAUCUAUCAUCACCCCAUUUACCUAUGUGGUGACUAGCUGAUAAGAUGGUAAGGUAGUGCUAACUGCUUAUGGUUGUGGCCUUUUAGGGAGAUUUUAACUUUAUCCAAGGACUAGCUUUUAUUUUAAUGCUUUGGACAGUAGUAGGUUGUAUCUUAGAGAAUGUGGACAUUUCUGCCUCAAAUCACCUGUAUCUUUAAUUGUCGAAUGUAUCUUUUCUGUACAAGGUGAACCCUUGCCUCUAUUCAUAUGCAAUUAUGCACCAUACAAAAGUCCAACGUACUAGACUCCUAA